CGCCGGCGCCAUGGCCGGCCGCAGUGUCGACGCCGCCGCCGCCGCCAGCAGCCCCUGCAUUGUGAUUGGAGAUGAUGAACAGGGGUAUGACCUCGAUUUGUUCUGUAUACCAAAGCAUUAUGCAGAUGAUUUGGAAAAAGUCUACAUUCCUCAUGGACUUAUUAUGGACAGGACAGAGAGGUUGGCACGAGAAAUUAUGAAAGGGAUGGGAGGUCAUCACAUUGUAGCGCUCUGUGUGCUUAAGGGGGGCUACAAGUUCUUUGCUGACUUGCUGGACUACAUCAAAGCCCUGAACCGAAACAGUGACAAGUCCAUUCCUAUGACUGUAGACUUCAUCAGGUUGAAAAGCUAUUGUAACGACCAGUCAACUGGUGAUAUAAAAGUGAUUGGUGGUGAUGACCUCUCGACCCUAACUGGAAAGAAUGUCUUGAUUGUAGAAGAUAUAAUUGACACUGGUAAGACAAUGAAGACCCUCCUGUCUCUGCUCAAGCAGUACAAUCCAAAGAUGGUAAAGGUAGCCAGCUUGUUGGUCAAAAGAACACCUCGAAGUGUAGGAUACCGACCUGACUUUGUUGGAUUUGAAGUGCCAGACAAGUUUGUUGUGGGAUAUGCUCUAGAUUAUAACGAAUACUUCAGAGAUUUGAAUCAUAUUUGUGUGAUAAGUGAGACUGGGAAACAGAAAUACAAGGCGUGACAGUACUUGUUCAAAUGCAAGAGCUACAGGACUUUGAAGCAUGCAUCCACAACGUCCAUCUUUCACUGCCUUUGGCUCUGGUCACCAGUUUAAAAUUGUGGAAUGCUCCAGCCUUGUCAUUUGCUUGCUAUAACUUAUUGCAUGUACAGUAUAGGGAACUAUGUCUUGUUGAUUUACAUUUGAGACAAUGUCAGACAGUGCAGUUC